CGUAUGUUGAUUUCGAUAAGCACGUGGCUUUGAUAAGAACCGUUUCCGUGUAUAUAUGAAGUAAAUGCCUACUUAUAAUAAAUAUCAAAUAAUAAUAUAAUUUUCUGCUAUAUUCUCUGAUUAUAUUAUACGUUUUCCUUUUAUCUCAUCAAAAAACUAAUCCCCGGUUUUAAUUCUGUUAAUUUUUCAAAUGCCGUGAAAUACUUUUUAUUGAUGGAAUAUUUCAAAAGUGGUUUGAAAUCGGUGCUUGGCACACCCGUCGUAGAAGAACAGCCUUCCGGUGCAGACAUUGUACGAACGACCCAACAAAUUCUGAAUUUUAUUUAAUUUUUGAAACUUUACGCUGUUUUCAGGUAGAGCGUUUAGUGGAACGAGUUCACCAUUCUACAUUGUUGGCGGAUAGACGCGAUGCGUGCAGAGCUCUUAAGGCAAUGUCGCGCAAAUACCGUAUCGAAGUUGGUGCUAAAGGUAUGGAUGCCCUGUGUCAAGUACUACAGCACGACCGAGCGGAUGCCGAAAUAGCUAGUUAUGCUUUGGACACGUUAAAACUUAUUAUGAACAAUGAGAUUUAUGACGAAGAAGGUAAACUGCAAGGAUAUCAAUUUGAUAAACUAUUCAUUGAGCUUUAGUAGGUACAAGUUUAGUUGAAAAUUCAUAUUAUAUAUGUAUCUUCCACUUUAUAAAUUCUAUACAAAUUUUGAUAUAAUUUUAUCACUAAAAUUGUUUUUUUUAUCUCUAUACCUAUUGUUCAUUUUUUUACAAUUUAAUUGACAAAUUAUUGUAUAACAAUUAUUAAUACUUGUAAUGUGAAUAUAGUUGGAUAAUUAUUCAAUCAGAAUUAAUUAUUUAAUUGAUUUAUUAAACAAUAUCCAUGUAGGUACCUUCUAAUAUUAACUUCAGCGCUUAUUAGUCAAUUUUAGUACUAAACACGAAUAUUUUGUGAAUUAUAUUUAUGAAAUUAUUAAAGCUUAUUAGGUGUACAAUAAAUACUUUAAACACAAUUUUUCAUUAGAAAGGUACCAAAAUAAAUGAAAAAAAAAAGUUUAUUGAUUAGUUACUCGGUAUCAAUCUCAAAUUAAUCAGAAAUAUUAAUGUAGAAUAGAAUCUAUUAUUUCCUUGCCAUAAUAUUUUAUUGUAGAAAAUCAAUUUUUAAAUUCUGACUUAAUUGUGAAAUCUAUUUAUUUUAUAGUUAUAUUUUGAUUGCAAUUUAUUAUUCAAAACAGUUGAUAAAUACCAAUAUUUUUCUAAAUAUUAGCAAAAACCAUCUCAAAACAAUUACUGUAAUUUAAUUUUACUUUGAUUCGUUAAUUUAAUGAAAUAGUGUUUAAAUAAGUUGUGUUUGUAUCAUACAUUAUAUCAUACAUUGUAUCAUACAAAAGUUGGUGUAAAUGAUAUUUAUAAAUUUACAGUCUUUACUGUACCAAAAAUGAGUGUGUACUUAUUGAAAAUUUUUGAGAUAGUUCAUACUAUUAUUAUAGUUUUUAAAAAUCAUUAAAAAAAAUAAAAAAAAAAAAAAAUACAUUUAAGAAUUGUUUCUUAAUUUGCUGUACAUAUUAAUAAAACGAAAAUUCAUAUUUUUGUUUCAUUAAAACAAUAAAAAAAAUGUAUGCAAUGCCAAUACUUAACUAGGUUUAUUUUCAUUUAGCUAUUAACACUACUAUUAAUCCAUAAAUCCAUAAAAAUAUAAUAGCAAGACCAGUAUAAUUUGUUUUAAUGUUUAGUAUUAUUUUUAGGUAUUCAAUAAAUAAAAAGUAUUUUAUUUUUCAGAAAUUCCUGAUAUAACGGCUAAAGAUUCCCAUAAAUUGGGUGAACGUUUUACAGAAAUAUUUAUAAAAAAACAAGAAAAUGUUGGACUAGUUUUAGAUUAUCUAGAAGAAUUUGAUUUUCAUGUACGUUGGCCUGCUCUUCAAUUACUUUUAUUAUUGCUGACAAAUAAGUAAGUUCAUUAAAUAAUUUCAAUUGAAAACUAAAUGAUUAAAUGAAAAUACAUAAAACAAACUAUUAUGUAUUAUCUAAAAUUCUAAAGUACAUGUGUUAAGUAAUAUAUUUUUUUUUUUUAUUCAAAUGUAUUUUUGAAAUUUUUAAUUUGUUGUAUCAGAAUAUUACUAUGAACAUAUUUUUAUCUCAGAAAUUAUAUAUAUUUUUACGCUUAAUGUGUAAUAUUUUAAAAUAGUUUACUUGUAUAUUUAGUUUUAUUAGGUGAUAAUAUAAAAUUUUAUAUGUUUAAUAACAAUUGGAGAGAAGAUGAAUUUAUUAAAAAAAAAAAAAACCAUUAUUUUAUGAUAUAAAUAAUAAAAAAAGUUGUCUCUAGAUGCAACGUUAUAUAUUUUUGGUGUACUAUAUAUUGUAAACACUUUAAUAUUAUCUGUCUUGAUUCUUGUUUUUUAUAUUUUUUUUAAAAAAAACCUGCUAAAAGUUUUUGUAUAUUAUCUUAUUUUAUUUUUAAAUUAAAUUAAAUUUGAAAAGGUAAAUUUUGUUAAUAUAGAGCUAAAGACGUCCAAGAAAUCAUUUUGGUGAGCCCAAUGGGAGUUUCGAAAUUAAUUGACAUGUUGAGUGACAGUCGGGAAGUUAUUCGAAAUAAUGUAAGUACUUUAUAGUGGUUUAUAUUACAACAUUAUUUUUUGUUUUAGACCACUCCUUUUUAAUUAACAAUCCACAACACAUUUUAACAAACAAAUAAAUUGAUAUUCAUUUGUUUUAAACAUGUCAAUAUUUUUUUGAACAAUUGUCAGCUCAAUUAAAAGUGAAGGAAAUAACUUGUUUGAGUACCUAAGAAUAAAAUCAAAAAUAAUUUAUUGUUUUUAUUCUAUAAAUAUGUUAGUUUAUUCUAUUAUUAUUUAAAAAUAUAAUUCAAAUUCAAAUUAUAAUAAUGUAAUUACUAAUCACACAUAAGAACAGUUAUCUAUAUGAUUUCAUUCAUUUAAAUUAAUAAAAGUACAAUUUGUAAAAUAUUAUCAAAUAUUAUUUAUGUUAUAUAUGUUAUCUUUGUUUUAAUUACCAAAGCAUAUUUAUUUAUUUAUUUAUAAUAAUUCAAAAGGACUUGGCCCUUUUACAAUAUAAAGUAUAUAAUAUAAAUUAAUAUAAUAUAUUCUGAUAUUAGUUAUUAAUUUUCAAUUUGUAAUAUUGUUAUUUUGUUAAUUUUAGUAUUAUUAUUUUUUUAAUUGUGUGGAAUAAAAUUAAUUUUUUUUUUUUAAAUCUAUUUUGCUAUACAAUGUUUACAAAUUGAACUAAUUAAUAGUAACUUUCUUUUAUGAAUCAAUUUUAAAAAUAGUUUGAGUUCCUGAGUGUAGCUAGGAAUUCAUUGGUUCCACCAUCAAAUGAUAUAGAAUAGAUAAUAGAUCAGUAGUUGAUUAAUUUUUGUUUAUUUUUGAUGACAUUUCAAAACAUGUUAAAGAAAACAUUACUGUCUCCGUCUGAAAAACGCGCAACAGCAAAUAUAUUAUUCUUCUUCAACUUCCUACUUACAAUAGUGGGCUCAUUAAACCCAUUAGCAAUUUUUACUAUUUUUUUUAAAAAAAAUAUUUUAUUUUUAAUGUAACAAAUUUAAUUAUUUUUUUUAGUCUGUUCUUUUACUAACAUUACUGACUAAAAGUAAUGCAAAUAUUCAGAAGAUAUUAGCAUUUGAAAAUGCUUUUGAUCGACUGUUUGAUGUUAUACUAGAAGAAGGCAAUGCAGAUGGAGGAAUCGUUGUUCAAGACUGUCUUAAUUUCAUGUUAACAUUAUUGCGAAAUAAUAUUUCUACACAAAAUUUUUUUAAAGAAGGUUUGUCAUGUGUUCAAACAAAGUUUAAAUCGUAACUAAAAUGGCAAUUAAUUUCUAGGGAAUUUUAUAUCACGGAUAUUGCCACUUUUGCAAUUACCCGCUGAUGAUGAAUGGUCCAUACAGCGGAUAAACAAUAUGCAAGCUGUUUUUCAAAUAAUACGCACACUAGUAUCGCCCACCAAUCCAGCUCAAGCUACUUCUUCAUGUCAACAAGCCAUGCACACAUCUGGUAUUUUAAAAGCAAUGUGCAACUUGUUGGUUGCUAAUGGUGUUCCCAGGAAUCCUCUGACUGAAGCCAUAUCUACAGUUGCAGAACUUGUACGUGGGCACACCGAUAAUCAAAUGUAUUUUGAAGCAGUUAAAUCUAAUGGAAUUCCUUCAAAGUAAACACCUAUUUAUUCAGGGUUAAUUAAUUUUGAAAUAGGCACACAAAAGUAAUUUAUCAUGUUUUAUUUUUAGGGAUGUUUUAGUUUUGUUGUUGUGGUCAAUGUUAAAUGAUAAGCAGCCAUUUGAGAUUCGUUGUGCCGUUUUGUAUUGUUUUCAGUGUUAUUUAUACAGAAAUGAUUUAGGAAAGAUGAAAAUCAUUCAGCAACUAUUGCCAUCAGAAAAAGAAGGUAUGUAUUAUUGUAAUCAGCAUCUCAAAAAACUGAGAGUGCAAAGAACCUUUGUGCUUCUGCUAGUCAUACAUUUAGUUGUGACAGUGAUUGUAAUGUUAUAUUGUUAUUUUUUUGAUUCACCAAAUUUUGUUUUCUCAUGUUAUAGUAACUGAAACUUGUGCUAGUCAUCUCCUGUGUCAGGGCUUGUUCAAUAAGGAACCCUUGGGUAGUUGGUUUUCAGCUGUAGCUUUGUCUCAUGCUCUUAUUGACAAUCCCGAUGGUAAAGAAAAACUGCUUGACAUUAAGUUGGCGUCCAAUGACCAAGACCCACCCACAUUACUGCAACAAAUUAUAAGUUCUAUCCAAGCUGUAUGUUUUUUUUUAUAAUAACAUAGUACAAUAGUAAUAUAUCUUUUUAAAAUUUGAUUUUAGACUGAUAAAGCACAGUUCAAAAUUGGUUAUUUAAUGUUUUUAUCUACCUGGUUUGCUCAUUGCUCUCCAGCUAUCGAGAGUUUUUUGAAAAUUAACAAUGGCAUACCAUAUUUUAUUACUCAGGUUUGUAUUUUCUGUGUUUGUAACAGUUACAUUAGUUAAAUUAACAUUUAAACUUAUCAAUUUUGUAUGGCAAUAUAAUUUGUGUAAUUUACGUUUGAUUGUAUAGGCUAAUCGUCUUGAGAAUGAAGAGAUUGAAGAAAUCGUUAGCGGCCUGAGUACAUUCGUAAUGGGCAUUUGUCUGGCAUUUAAUCCAGAUACUGUGGAUAACUUUAAAAAGGUUCAAUCAAUUUCAAUUUUUGUGAUUCCUUGUUAAAGAAUAGAAACUGAUAAAGAAUUUUUUUCUUUAAUCAGGACAGUCUUAAACAUUUGAUCACCAAACGGAUAGGUGUGGAAACAUUUGUGGACAAAUUAAAUGAUGUAUCAAGAAACGAAUCGUAUACCAGAGCAAGUAAACAUCCACAACCCACUGCUCAAAACUCUCAUAGUCUUUUGUUGGAUUAUGAAUUUUGCAAAUUGUUUAAAAUGUUAGAGGGUGCGUAUAAUAAUAAUGGAUUAUAACUAGAGACCGGCUUUAUAUGUUUUUAAAAUCCACAAAAAAGCACCUGAAAAUGUAAAAACCCUUGGAAAAAAAUCACAUUAAAAAUAUAUAAAGCUCAAAAUAAUAAUUUUACUUUUAUAACUAGGUACAAGUGAAAAGUUGAUUAUUUUUAGUAACAUUGUAACUUGUCACUUCUUAGCUUUUACUGGAAAUUAAUUUGAAAAAUCAUAGUAGAAUAUCACCAUCUAUUGUGAAUUUGUAUAGCAAUAUCAUACACAUAAUAUUUUUAUUGUAAAUCCCAGUGAUAUAUUUUAAAAUACAAAAAUGUCACUAUAAAAAUAUAUUGUGCAAAAUAAUUACAAAUGGGUGCAAAAUAAUAUUUGAAUUAUUAAAAAAUAAUAAUGAACUACCUGUUUCCCAGUAGUGGCAGGAAUGUUAUAACAUCCUUGUCAGUACAUCAUCAAUGAUUUAUUUAUUGUUUUUUUCUUCUAACAGAACAAUGCGAUUUUUAUUCAUAAAAUGUGGUAAUAAAAAAAGCUGAUAAAUUUUGUGUGUAAUAAAGAGCUAAUUUUUAUUGUUUAGGUAUGAUUAUAAGAGCAUUGAACACUGCCGGACAGGACGAUGGUGAGAAAUUGAUUGCCAAUCAAAAGCAAAUUGAAGAAUUGAAUGUUACUGUCGAAAGUCUGAGCAUCGAAUUAGCCGGAAAAAGCAACAGAAUUGAAGAACUGUGCAGGUUAACGAAUGAUUUCCACGAUAACACGGAACGCCUAAAAACUGAAGUAAUUAUUAUUAUUAUUAUUUUUAUUUGCCUAAUUAACUGUUUUUACUAACUAUGUAAUUGCAUAUAGUUGUUCAGACUCCAAUCAAAACAUGUGUUGCUCAUAGAGGCCUACCAGCAAAAAGAAAAUGAACUAGAGUCCUACCGACGACUACUGGAAAUGCAUGGGAUCUGGGUAGGUGAUUUUAUAAUAAUUAUUUAUUUAUUAAAAGAUAAUAACCACUGUGUGCAUCAGUAUGAUUCAUGCAUCUAUUCCUUCGAUCUCCGUUUUCUAAGUUUCCAUAAAUCUCAUUAUUUAGAUAUUUAUAUUAUUUUAUUUUCAAGCUGACUAUUCAUUUUUGGUUUUCUGACUUUUCAAGAUAUUUUCCAAGAAUUGAAAUAAUGUUGUUUUUUUUUUAAAUUAUAUUAAUAUAACAAUAGAUGUAGAAAUAUUUUUCCUUUUGGCAUCUGGCAAAUUUUCAUUUAUAAAAUACCAUAAAAAAAACCAUGUUAAUUUGUGCAUCACAAUAUUAGGAGAUAUAACAGUGAUAAUAACAUAGAAGUGAAAUUUUUUAAAAGAAAAAUUAUUGCAGUGAUUUUGAAAAAGUAAAAGUAAAUUUCUUCAUUUGAAUCUACUCUUAUCUAUUUUUUUUUGACUGGGUUUUGUUUAGUCAUUUAGAAUUGUUUAGUAAUCAUAAUUUAUACAAUAUUUUAAAAAAUGUCACCCCUAUUUCAUACACUUUAAUUACAUAUAAACUUAAGAUUUUCAAACAGAAACCAUCUCCUCUCCAUUCGUUUUAAAUCAGAUUUGAAAGAGAAUAUUUUUCUAUACAUUUCAAUAUGUAUAAUACAAUUGAAUUUACCGUUUAUAAUAAUCCCCAACCCUAGCAGUAGACUAUUUUAUUUCAUCAUCUAAAAAUGGAUAAAACGUAUCAUUCUUUCGCUCUUCUCUGCAGAGUGGCCAUUUUAAAAUGUAAAAAGAGUUGAUACUGAGGAUAGGUGCGGCCACUGUUAUUGGUGGGUAGUGGGGAAGGUGGGAUACAUAAAGUUAUUUCAUUUAUAUCUGUAAGAAAUGAUAAACCAUUGCUGAUGAAAGAAGAUUCCAAGCGCUGUUUAGAAUACAAAAAUCAAAAAAAAAGAAAAAAAAGUUGUGUGGUGAUUUUGAAAAUUUUACCACGUCUAGGUAACUUCAAUAGAAGUAUAACUACCAAGUUUCAAGUCUACGUGUAUUUAUAAUUGAAUUACAGCAAAAAAAUUAAAACUCCUUAAAAGCUCAUAAAUGGCUUAAAUGUUUUGGUGAUUAUACCGUAAGAAAGUAAAAGGCAACAAAAAAAGUAUCUUGUGAAUUUUCGAUUAAAUUAUUUUUUCUGGUAGAAAAUAUCGUCCGUGAUUUUAUAAAAUGAUGAAAUAGUGAAAUUAUGCGUUUUUCUACGUUUUUUCACACUUAAAUGCCUUUAUUUAAAAAAUGGCAACAAAAAUAAAAAAAAAAUAACCUCUAUAUAGUACAAUCUAAAUAACUUCAGUUUUCAGAAAAGUUGUAACAUGUAAAAAUCUGAGCAAGUUUACUAGGAAAAAACGUGUCCACAGACUAGAACAAAAAAGAAAGAAAGAAAAAAGAAAUAAACAGCACUGUAAAACCAACAGCUUCCUUCUCUACGCUCUAAAAUUAAUACUCUUUCAAGGAUUUGAGGCGAAUAUUUCAAAAUAUUGUUAAAAUAAUGCAUAAAAGGACAUCCUAGGAUAAUGGGGACGGGUGCAACCAUUGUUAUUGAUAAUUUAAUGUAUACCUGUAAGCAACAAAAAACCAUUGCUUAAGAAAAAUGAUUCUGAACAGAGUUCAGUUGAUAGUGAUGCUUUAUCAACAAUAUAUAUGUAAUUUUAUAAUAAAAUAAUUAAAUAGGCUUUAUAUAUUUUCUUUAAUAUUUGUUUAAUGUGGUACUGAUUUUCCCUGUUUGCCCAUGUUUUAUCACAGUUUUUCACAUUUGCUGGGAAAAUUCCUAAGAAAAUCGAAAAAUGACCUCUCUAAAGUACCUCUCUAGUGAAAUUUCCUUUCAGAAACGUGCUACGUAUAGAAAUCCGAGCAAGACUUCUGGUAAAAAAGUUGCGCACAGAAAAAAAAAAAUAAACAUCUUUGUAAAACUAUAAACUUCUUCGCUCUAUUCAGAAUCUUAAAAACAUUUUUCAUAAGGAUUGAAAAAAUAUAUAUAUAUAUAUAUAUAAAAUCGCUGAAUUGUGAUAAAAAAAAUAAAAUCACUUUGUAUAGAAUAUAAGGUCACUAAUUAAAGUCUUGUAAUUUAAACAAAAUAAAGAUUUAUAUUAUAUUCGUUCCUGCGGAAAUGGCAGAAACGAGUCAACGACGAUGAUUUCCAUGAAUCAUUAUUUUCGUUGGACUGUAAAUUAUUUAUACAGAAAAAUGCAAUUAUAAUUAUUAAAUAUUAAAACGUAAAAUAACUAAAAACUUCUUUGCAUUUCGAAAUGCCCGUUAAUGAUAUAUACAUUAUACUUAAAAUAUAUAUUAUUAUUAUUAUAUAUUUUUUUUUUAUAAAUUAAGUUUUUAAUUAAUUUCACUAUAUUAAAGCGGGGAACGACGACUAUGGCGAACAAAUAUAAAUUUUAUAUUAACGAUGACUAAUUACAAAUUUAAAAAGUUCAAAGACGCAGAAAAAACAAAAUGGUGAAAAUAAUAAUAACUCUUCUUUGUACCGGAUAAUAAUAAUUAAUGACACACAAAAAAUAAUCGAAUAAUAACUUGUUUUUGAUUAAAAUAAAAAAUACCCUCUAAUAUCUUAAUAAUAAUAACUUGAGAUUUAAAAUUCGUUACGAUUUAUCCUCACUAUUAUGAUUAUUUCGCAUUAUGGUAUUAUUGGUACAUUUAAAAUUAUUAUAAAAGUAUGCGUUUCAUUUAAACAGUAAGCAACGUGAAACUUUUCAGCUGGAUGGACUUCGGAUAAAAAUGUGUUGAUUUUAGGACGGGGGAGGGGUACUGAAAUUUGAGUUUUAAGCCUAUUUUCAAAACUUAAAUCCUUGGGGUGCGCGCAUGCUUAACCCGCAUUUCAUUAACCCAAAACGUCUCUCUAAAAUCUAGAAAGAAAGUAGCCCUAUUUUUGCCAAUCGACGACUUAAAUACAACUUUUUUCUAUUCCAACUAAAUGCUUGUAAAUCCAGCCAUCUGAAGUAGAUUAAAAAUUUUGAAUAUUUUUCAAACGCGUGAAUUUCACGCCUAUCAGGGCCAAAUAAACAAAUCACGAAGGACGAUGACAAAAUUAGAAUUAAUUCACUAUUUUUUUAGACUGAGUGAGGUGAAGAAUGUAUUCGUUUUACAAUGAUGUUUAUUUUUUUUUUAUGUAAACCCUUUUUCUACCAGAAAGCUUCCUCUGAUUAUCAAGUAUAGCAUCUUUUCCGAGAGAAAAUGUUCUCUGGAUUGUACUUCAGAGGAAUCAUUUUUUGAAAUUCCCUUUAAUUUAAUAUUCAAGAUAAUGAAUCUAGGUACCGUUUCUAAAAAUCUGUUUUACAAAAUGGUUAUCUAGAAUUUUUUUAAAAAAAAUAUGGUAAAAUUUCAAGUUCCUCAUCAAAAAAAAAAAAAAAAAAUAACAAUAUUGUAAUUGUAACGCAGUUAUACUAAUCAUUAAAAAAAAAAAAUAAUAAAAUUUAAGAAUAUUGAAUAGAACAAAAGUUAUCUCAAGUGGUAAAUAGUCUUGUUACACUCUGUAUGUACAUAUAUAUAUAUAUUAUUUUUAAGCCCAAUACCCGGCGAUUGUAUUUCUCGAGCACAGAAUCGUUCGCACAUUUUUUUUCCAAUACCCAAUCGUUCACAGAUAGGUAUAAUAAUAUUAUUCUAUUGCUGUUCAAAAUGUGCUACUACACCGCUGCGGCACACGCCUUAAAAAUAUAAAAAUAUUUUCGAGAAUGUUCUACGGAUAGACUUAACUUGUUACACACGCGAUGAUAGCGUGCCCCGUAUCAUACAGAGUGAUUAUUUUAUCGCGAACCAACGAUCAUAUGCUUUAAUAGAUACGAAGAUUUCGAGGAAAAAUUAGAUUUUGGUUUUCUUUUUCUUAAUCGUUGUUAAUUUGAGAUUAUUUUGCAUUUCUUAUAUAUAUAUAUAAUAGAAAAUAAAACCAAUUCAUUCAAAGGCUCAAAGUGUACACAAUUUAUAUUUAUAACUACUAGUUUCGGCCUAUGCCUUCAUCUGCAGGUUACAUACAAAAAAACUCAUCGCCAAAUGAUUAACAAGUGAUGAAACUAUGAAAAUAUUUUUAAACGGUUGAGCGGAUCGUAUGUUCAACGGCAUUUAUAAAAUGGAUGUACACUCGAUCGAACGGUUUGAGUUAAUCGACUUUUGAUUUUUCAAACGGAAACUGUUCCAUUAUAUUAUUUUCAUCAGAGACCCGAAAGGACGACCCGAACGCGAUGAAAUUGAAAAUCGAUUGCCCUUCGCCGCGCGGUUGUACAUAAUCGCUAAGGCCCGGAUUUCAAUCCAAAAUGCAUUUUUUUAAGUGAUAUUAUGCAAUGCUUUCCAAGAACAUAUUUUAUUCGUGUUACAGAUACUUCAAAGGUGAACAUUUUAUUUUGCCUUUUCUGGCAUUUUUCAAUGUUUUUUCAUUUUAUUCUUUAUAUUUUGUACAAUUUACGAGUAUAAUAUAAUAUAGUUUUUGUACAUAAUGUGACAAUCGAUUAAAUAUAUUUGAUAUAUAAUCUAUCAAAAAAUCUAUUAAAAAUUUAGCUAAUUAAAAAUAUUACCCAUGUUUUUCAAGUUUUCCAGUAAAUCAGUGAAAUACAGCCCGUCAUCCCCUUAGUCAACACUAUCGUCGCUAAUCACAAGUCAAAUUUUCAAAUUUCUGUUUUAUUUUUAUUUUUUUAUAAACUAAGUAAAAAUACUAUGAAUUACACAAUUAAAAAAUGUAUAUGUAAUUUUUUAAAGACACUUUUAGCUUUUUUUAAAGUCUUUUACAAUGAGUUUAAGUGCAUUUAAAUCCGGGACCUACUAAUCAUGAUAACGACUGGACAGAUUCCAAAAUGUAAUCUGCCCGACAAUAUUAUGUCCGAAUUAUAAUCGCUACCUAUAGCAACUUUAGCUACUCUGUCUAUUUUGGGCGAAAACAAAGGAUAACAAAUUGUUUGUUCGCCUCUAGUCUCUACAAGUUACAUCUGUAAUUUUUUAAAGCUAGUGAGCUUUAAUAAUUCAGCGAAAUUUUCGGUUAUAACUUAUCUAAUUUAUCGAUGAGAUUACGGUGUAUAAUUUAAUUUAGAAUUGGAGUUUCUUAAAUAAACUGAAAGCAUUUUAUUUUUUAUGCCUCGUAACAUACAGACUUCUCGUGGAUAGUGGUAACUAAAAUGUUUGUUUAGUUUAUGGUGUGUUUUAUUACUUUGGGCGAAAAGCGAAUCAAGCGAAAAUCAAAAGGUCGAUUUUGGGUGAAAACAGGUCCGCGAUGUAAAAAUAAUCACCUUGUAUAAUAUGUAAUGCGGGGCCGGCAACCGCGAAUAUUCUAGAACUCGCGAUAGGAAAUAAUAAUGAUAAUAAUGUAAACAUAUUAUUACAAACGCGUGCGAGUGAGCGAUUUUUUAUGUCUUUCGUCCGUUGGCGUCACAAAUAUUGUCGUGUCCCGUCGUCGUUUCGCCGCCCUCCUCGGCAGCGAACAAAAUAUAAUAUAGUAUGAGACGCCUAGAACACAAGGAGUUUAAGUGAAUUUUAUUGACUUCUAGAAAGUCAAUUUUAAAGUUAUUUGUAUUUAAUAUAAUUAUUAUAGUAUAUUAUCACUGUUCUAGCAUUCGAAUGAUAUAAACAAAUUUUAGACACUUGGCAGUAAAGCGACAUAUUAAGUGUAUGUUAACAUCUGUUGUGGAUGCUUGUACCUAUUUAAUUCUAAUCUGUUAUGACAUUUUCAUUUGAAAACUGUUUUAGUGAGAUCUAGUAGUUGACACUAGAUCGUAGCACACGGCGAAUAAUUCCCUUAUAUUUUUUUACCACAAAAUAAAAUGGAAAAUUUGUAGUGCAGCUGUGCAAUCAACUCAGAUAUUAGAUUCUGACUGGAGUGAGGAAAGUAUUGGUUUUAUAAUGAUGUUAAUUUUUUCUUUUUUUUUUCUAUGAGCAACUUUUUUACCAGCACAUUUGCUCUGAUUUACAGUGAUAGCAUUUUUUUCCGAAAGGAAAUCUGAUCGGGGUGGUAAUUUUUUUUUAUUUUCCCAAUAAAUGAGAAAAAAACACGGGAAAAACGUAGGAAAAACUGGAAAAUAGAUACAAUAUUAAACAAAUAUAAUGCACAUUAUGUUAUUAUUUUACCAUGAUAUGUCUAUAUAUAUUAUUGACAAAGCAACAUUAUCAACCGAAUUCCGCUCAAAAUCGUUUUUUUCGUUAGCAAUGGUUUAUCGUUGCUUACAGAAAUACAUUAAAUUUCGUUUCUACUACCUUAACAACUUCUCACCUAUAACAGUGGCUGCACCCCCCGUCCCCAUUAUCUUAGGAUAGCGUUUUCAGAAAUUCCAUUUAUACCCGUUGUGUGCUACACAAUUAAUUUAUCAAUAACACGUAAUUCUGUUGCUACUAAAAAAAAAAAAAAAAAGAUCUAUUUAUAAAGAUAGUAUAAACAAUAUUUAGUUGGCUGGUAUAUUGAAUGUUUUGAUUGGUGUUUUAGGCAUUUUAUUGGAGUUUGUGCAAUUUGUUUGUCGGUUUGCUUGUAUGCCACCGGUUCACGACAGGUUGCAUAUUUUUCAGUUUUUUAAAAGUAAUUAAUAAAACAAACUGAAACAUUCAAAAGUCAUAACUGAUAACUGAAAAUGAAAUUGUUAUUUCGUUGGGAUUUGAGCCAAUCGGAGACCACGAUUUCUAUAGGGUUCUAUAACAAUGUACGGGUUUGCUUGUAUGCUUUCGGGUACGCCGAAGAUAGUCUGACAAAAAAUGCGUCAGCGGCCAGUAUUAGUGCCGAUAUGUGGAAAUUGAAAAUUUCGAAAGUCGCGGAUGGGCUCCUGUGUUCGGUCUUGUCAAGAAAAACCCUCUGGAAUCUGGUGUAAUACAUCUCGUUUUUAAAAUAUCGAGAGGUAGGGAGUGGGGACAACGAACGAUUCAAAAAACGAUCCCUAGUUUUAUACGUGACAAUUAUACAAUUGUCAAUUUUGACGGUUUUUUUUUUUUUUUUUUUCCAAAACACGAUUACGUAGAACUACGUUCGCGCGACAAAAUAUUCGCGAUAAUGACGUAUUUUGUAUUUUGUUCGUGCGUAUCGUUAAAAACCGGCGAAUAGAAAGGAUAAUUGUGACUCGUGUAUAAUAAUAUAUAAGUACAAGUUUUUGUGUAGGGGCGAGGGCACGGCGGAGCGGACGUAGAAAUGGCGGCGUUGGCGGCGGACGAUAACAUUACAUUGCGUAUUGGUAUGGUGAGACGCGGAGGGCGAAAAUAAAAGCGAAUAACUCGCGCGGGAUAAAUGGCCAUAAGACGUAAAGAAAAACUUCCAUUAUGAUAUUAUGUUGUUGUUGUUGUUGUUGUUGUUGUUGUGGUGGUAGUAUGCGUGUCCGUUAUUCCGCGAAAAAAGUUUAAAUAGAGAAAGUUGUGUCGUAUACAGAAUCAAUAAUAUACAGACCGUGUAAUACGUACGGGUGGCGGCGUAGGUAUGAGAUGUUGCGCAGAGCGGAGGUGACGUGGAGUUUUCACAAUGCCCGGUAAAGUUAUAACGCGCGGAUAAUAUUGUUUUAGAGCCGCGGACGUGGCGAUGGAGGGGGUGGGGGAAAGAACCGCGUUCGAAACCCGAAUUUCGCCGCGUUGAACAAAUCGCGAGUAUGAAGUAAAACAAAUAGAUUCGUGGGGGGGGGCGGGGGCGUUAACGCGGUCUGUAUUGUGUAUCGGGUAUUUUUCCUAGUAUGUUGAUCGGCGCGUCGAAUUUUGGCUUUUAAACGUUGAUUUUUUUUACAACGUGUUCUACAAACAUUUUGGAUUCUUAUAGCGUAACGAGCAAUGUAUUGACUUUUUAAUACGACGUCAGUUGUAAUUUUAUUUUUUUUAUUUUUUCUGUGUAAACAAUAUUUCUAUUAUACGUAAAUCCGAUGAUCGCGGCUUCGGGGGUGGUUUCUGGUAACAUUUUUCUCUCGGAGUUCUCUUCUGUUAUUUUCGAUUUUUUUUUUCAUUGCAAUUUAUUUAGAAACAAUUGUUACGAGAGACCUGCGAUUUUCAAGGAAUACUUUCCGUCAUCUUUUCUAGAUGAUGUAACAUUUUCAAAUUAUUUUUGCCAUUUUUGUGGUAUUAAUAGCAAUUUGAAAUGUUUGAGUUUUUAUUCGGUUUUAUGUGGAUGACACCUUUUAGCUCCGUAUAAAUGAUAAAAUACUUCGGACUAAAAAGUACAGUUUUAGUUGUUACCUCGGUAUUUAUUUUUAAUUAGUAAAAUUUUCAAUUCAAGUUUAUCAAAACAUGUUUAACCGAACUUUGCACAGAUUCGUUUUUCAUUAGAAAUAAUUUAUCUUUUAUGCAUUCAGUAUAUACAAAUAAUAUUUUCCUCUGUUUUUUGAUCCAAAUUAUCAAAACUAAUAUAUUUUUUUCUAUUUUCCUGUAGAACGAAAAUUACGCUGUCCAACAGCAACCUGAUCCUUUGGCGAAGAAUGUGGGCGGAGGAGUGCCACCACUGCAGCAACAGUACCAACAACAACAGGAACAUCAACAGAUACCAGAUCCCAUGGCGAUGACGGCCGCGUUGAUUGUAGGUGGAGGACAGCCAUCCCCACAACAACAGCAACAGCAACAACAACAGCAGCAGGAACAACAACAGCAGCAGCAGCAGCAGCAACAACAGCUGCAACAACAACAACAGUUGCAACAACAACAACAACAUCAACAAAAAAAUUAUGCAGAAGGACCCGCUCAAAUAACGCUCUCCGAAGAAUCUUUUAGAACCAAUUUGAAUGUGUAAAAAAAGUGUGUCCCUCUAGAAAAGAGUAUUAUAAUAUUAAUUAAAUAUUAUUAUUAUUAUUAUUAUUAUUAUUUUUGUUAUUAACUGAACGAUAUCCACUGUAACUUAUUGAUUGUGUGACUGACCGGUUUAUUAUAUUAUUUGAUACUGUUACCACGGUACACCAUGAUGGCUAUGUAUAUUUUAUUAUAUAAGAUUAUUUAAUUUUUGUUUAAUAAUUCUAUUUACAAUAUAAGCUUUUUAUUAAUCAGCUAAAAGUAAAUCUUAAAUUUAAAAUAUCCAUUAUUAUUAGUGGUAUGUGGUAUGUGACAGUAGUCUGUUAUAAGCCAUAAUAUUUAUUUUGUGGUCAUACACAUACUUAUACAUUAAUUUGGACUAUUUAAAAUGGCUAACCAUUUUAAAGGUGACAAUAGAGAGAACAACUUUUGUUUAAGAUGAGUUGCUCAUCAAGGGGAUGGCCAAAAGACAGCAUACUUAUCAAUGUACAAACAUUACUAAAUUUAUGAUACAAGUGGAUAAACGCUAUUAAUACCUUAAAAUAUACAGCUUAAAUUCAAUAGUACAUAGGAUUACAUAUUGUAAUUAGAUCUGUCACUCCACUGAAUCCUCACUCAACGAGGUAAGAGGAAAGGAAAGCAAUAAAUAAAAAAAAUAAAUCGAAUCAAUAUAUAAAAACAGUAUACAGAUAAACCUUGGUGCGUUGCUUUCAGUUUUUGAGUUUUAAUGUAAAUACAUACUCAAAAAGUUCAUCAUACCUCUACCACCCAAAACUAGAUCACUGCUCCUCGGUAACCCACCAGCGUCCUCCCCAGGGGGCUGUAUCGUUGAUUUAGAGAAUUCAUUCCGGAAGGUUUAUAUAUUAAUAUAAUGAAUGUGUAUUAUAUAUGUAGAAAGUAGAAAGUAGUCAAUGUUUUGUAAAUAAGUCAUAAAAAAAUAAAAUAUUGCUAAUGUUAGAUAAACCCUAUGAGAUACAUUAAAAUAAUGUACUACAGAAUUGUACAUCGAAGUCCUACAGAAAAGUCUGUGAUGCAAUAUACUGAAACUUCAAUAAAUGGAUAUCUCUUAAUAGUGGACCCUUCCCAAUAGUGGACACUUUUAAAUUUCCCACCAAAAAUGUAUGUUUUUAAUAGAAGUUAUAAAAGGUAUAAAGUUAUAACCUUUUAAUUAUGGACACUCCUAAUAGUGGACGUGGAUACUAAAAACUGGUACCAAAAUUAAAAAUUACUUCUUAUAAAUGAACACAAUAUAUGUAUAUACCAAAUAUGUUUAAGUAAUAAAAGUACUAUAUUUAUUUUUUAUACAUUGCAUAUAUAUUUUAUCUUAUCUUAAGAGGAUGUUAUCCCACAUCUACUGUCUCAGUCCAACUACCGGGUAACAUACAAAAACAAUACUUACUCAGAAUAAGUAAAAUUAGCUUAAUUUUGAUUUUAGAGUGUAAGUUCCUAUUAUGAAAUGUACAGAGAGCAAUAUUAUAGAGGGAAUGUCAUGGGUGUUUUUUGAAUUAUGAACUGUUAAAAAGUAAAAAAUAAAAAAAAAAAAAUGUAUCUUUUAUAUUGAGCUGUAUAUUUUGAAUAAUACAAAACAAAUUAUGUUUAUAAUAAAUAAUAAAUACAAAUUAAACCUAAU